AUGGGAGAGCUGAAUAUUAGUGUAAUAACCAUGGAGACUGCUGUAAUAGCUUGGGGUUCUGGAGAAGACGGUCAGUUAGGAAUGGGCAAUAAAGAAGAGAGAGAUUAUGCCUCUACUAUCAAAUCUCUACACAAUCAAAAUGUUUGCUCCGUCGUCGCCGGAAGUCGAAAUUCCCUCGCCAUUUGCGACGACGGCAAGAGAUAUGUUCUUACAUUUCAUAAUAGUUAUUACCCAUCCAAUAAUACCAGUGAAAACAUUCCUAGUCAGGUCAAAGCUUUAGCCAAUGUCAAAAUUGUUCAGGCUGCUAUUGGUGGCUGGCAUUGCUUGGCUCUAGAUGAUCAAUGUAGGGCUUAUGCUUGGGGUGGAAAUGAAUAUGGUCAAUGUUGUGAAGAAGAAUACAAACAUGAGCGUGGAGAUGAUUGUCGUGUCUUUCCACACAGAAGAAAUGUUGUCAUUCCAAAACGAUGUGUUCCAAACCUAAUCGUUAAACAAGUAGCUGCAGGAGCCACACACUCAGUAGUCCUUACUCAUGAAGGUCAUGUUUGGACAUGGGGUCAACUUUGGCCUCCAGGCGACAUAAAGAAAAUCUCAACCCCUGUUAGAGUUCAAGGUCUUGAAAGGGUUGUGUUAAUUGCUGUUGGAGCCUUUCACAAUCUUGCACUUGAUGGGGAUGGAAAGCUCUGGGCAUGGGGCAAUAAUGAAUAUGGUCAACUUGGAACAGGAGACACACAGCCUAAAUCACAACCUAUUCAUGUUCAAGGCCUUGAUGAUCUUAUUCUGAUUGAUAUUGCAGCUGGUGGAUGGCAUUCUACAGCUCUAACAAAUGAAGGAAAGGUUUAUGGAUGGGGUAGAGGAGAACAUGGGAGACUUGGAUUUGGAGAUGAUAAGAGCAGUAAAAUGGUACCUCAAAAGGUUGAGCUUCUUGUUGAAGAGGAUAUUGUUCAGGUGUCUUGUGGGGGUACUCAUUCAGUUGCAUUGACACGUGAUGGUCGCAUGUUCUCAUUUGGACGAGGUGAUCAUGGUCGUCUAGGAUAUGGGAGAAUAGAAACUACAGGCCAUCCUUCAGAAGUCCCAAUAAACUUAAUUCCUCCAUUUAGAGACAUUGACAGCAAUGAACCUGACGGACAAUGGAGGGCUAAUCUUAUUGCUUGUGGUGGCCGCCACACGUUAGCCAUAGUGGAAUGGGACACAACUGAUUAUCUGUAAUAUCUCUUUUUCCAUGUCUAGACUAUAUGAGGAUGCAAAAUCAUAAUGUAAAAGCUUUAACUUCAUUUUUAUUGUUCCUAUCAAAAUACUAUUAUAAGAA